AUGAGUACUUCCUAUUUGGUUGGUGUAGCGACCGUGACCAGCGGUGUUGCCAUAAUCGCAUCACUGCUUGUGGUUGGUGUUCUCUUCCAAGACAUCAACUCACUUUACGAUGACGUUAUGGCCGAUAUGGCUGAGUUCAAGAUCAUCUCGAAUGAUGCCUGGAAAGAGAUCGUGUUCGUCAACCACCGCCCACAAGAGGGCAUGAACGUCGAGUCGAUCUUCGGACGCCACAAGCGUCAGGCCAGUGACACCUGCAACUGCGCCACUCGUGCCGGAAACUGCCCAGCCGGACCACAAGGUCCAAAAGGAUUCCCAGGAAUGCCAGGCUCUCCAGGAGCCACCGGUCUGCCAGGCAUGCCAGGCAAACCAGGAAGCUUCGCACCAGGAUACCCAGGAAGCGCAGGAAACUGCAUCUUGUGCCCAGCUGGACCAGCCGGACCAAUCGGACCAGCAGGACCAGCAGGACCAGCCGGACCAGCCGGAUUCAACGGAGCUCCAGGAGCUGACGGCAAAAAAGGACCAUCCGGCCCAACCGGACCAGCUGGAGAUGCUGGAGCACCAGGAGCAGCAGGAAGAGCUGGACCAGUCGGACCACCCGGCCAGAACACCCUCACAAAAGUUGGAGUACCCGGACCUAAAGGACCUAACGGAGCAGCUGGUCAACCCGGAGCUCCAGGCCCAGCAGGCAAACCCGGUGCAGCCGGAAACCAAGGACCAUCAGGCGGAGCAGGACCCGAUGGCAGACCAGGACCAGCCGCUCUCAACGGUAUGCCAGGAGCACCUGGUAUGGAUGGCCGUACUGGAUCGGAUGCUCAGUACUGUCCUUGCCCAGACCGCAGCAUCAACAACUAA